GCAAGAGCGGAUUUAAAAGAGGCCAAGACGGGCGGAGGGAGGCUGUGGAGUGAGCGCAGAGCCCAACGCAGAGCGCAGCGCGCAGCGCCAGCCCAGAGGCACCCACCGACGGGCGCAGCCGGAGCGAGCGGAGCCGGGAGGUGCUCUCCAGGCAGAGCAAGCCGAGCCGGGCGGCGUCUCCGGGCCGCCACACGGACUGGCGGGCGCCCUCCCCGUGUCCCUCCUCCUGCGCCGCGCCCCUCCGGCCAGCAUGAGACUCCUGACCGCCGCGCUGCUCCUUCUGCUCCUGGCGCUGAGCGCCGCGCGCGUGGAUGGGUCCAAAUGCAAGUGCUCCCGGAAAGGGCCCAAGAUCCGCUACAGCGACGUGAAGAAGCUGGAAAUGAAGCCCAAGUACCCGCACUGCGAGGAGAAGAUGGUUAUCAUCACCACCAAGAGCGUGUCCCGGUACCGGGGGCAGGAGCACUGCCUGCACCCCAAGCUGCAGAGCACCAAGCGGUUCAUCAAGUGGUACAAUGCAUGGAAUGAGAAACGCAGGGUCUACGAAGAAUAGGACAAAAAAUCCCUGAUAUGAAAACUCCCGACUGGUUGGGAGACUUGAGCAAAGGACUUUGCUGAUUUAAAAAAAAAAAAAAAACAACCUUUCUUUCUCACAGGCAUAAAACACAAAUUAUAUAUUGCUAU